AUGGCCGCCGUUGCUACCAGCAUCCCGCAGGGGAAGACAAACACACCAGUCUAUACCCAAGAGCAAGAAACAAAAUAUGAGCUUGACUGGGCAGAUCUUGUAACAUUAGAUCUCUCGCAGUUCGACGAGCCAGGUGGGAAGCAGAGACUUGCGACACAGCUAUUCGAUGCGAUCCAGAAAAUCGGAUUCUUCUACAUCAUCAAUUUCGGCUUGACCCAAGAGCAAGUCGACCGACAAUUCGCCAUCGGCAAGGAAGUAUUCCAGCUUCCAACCGAGGAGAAGCUGAAAUACCGGGCGGACCUUGAGAAUGGGGGCUACAACGGCUACAAGCCGCUCGGGCUUCGCGAAGUAAAACCGGGUGUAUUCGACAACACCGAGAUCUACAACAUCCCGAAGUUCAUCCCCGCGCUCGAGAGGUCGCAUCCGGAGAUCAUCAACGAGAACAGAGACGAGAUCGAAGCCUUCGCGCGCCACAUCAACGACGGCAUCGUAGGAAAGCUCCUCGUUCUCUUCGCCAUCAUCCUAGAGCUACCGGAGGAUUACUUCCUACAGAGACAUCGGUACGAGGAGAAGAGUGACUGCCACCUGCGAUACAUGAAGUACCACCACCGGACCGAGGAGCAGAAUCGCAUCCUGGAGAAUGUGUGGGUGAAGGGCCACACGGACUUCGGCAGUUUAACGCUUCUUUUCAGGCAGCCCGUCAGCGCACUCCAAGUCCGAACUCCGGAGGGGCAGUGGAAGUGGGUGAAACCAUACCCGCAAUCGAUCACGGUGAACCUCGCAGAUUCGCUCGAAUUCCUGACGAACGGGUUCCUGAAGAGCAGCAUCCACCGCGUUGUCGCUCCGCCACCGGAUCAGGCCGAUAUCGACCGUCUAGGUGUCUUAUAUUUUGUGAGGCCGGAGGAUAGCCUAGAGUUGCGACCCGUGGUGAGCGAUGUAUUGGCGCGGCUGGGAUACGAUAAGACGACGGAUGGGAGCGCGGUUGGGAUCACGGCGGGGGAGUGGGUGAAGGCGCGUGUGGCGCGGGGAGUUACUAGGGAUAAGCCGAGGAGUGAUGUGUUGGAGCAGGAAAUCAUCGGUGGCAAGGCGGCCAAGUAUUAUGAUUAAACGUAUUUCGCGAAUAAAUAGCAGUAAAUCCAAUCAAUUCUAACAUGAUAUAAUAUGCUUGUUUUGCUUAAAUCCUGUAAAUGAAAUGAGAUUUCGGCUUCUUAACUAUUUUUAGGCAUCGUCGUGAAUAUAUUGGUCAAAGACCUCGGGAUAAAACUUCUUUCCGUUUUCGCGAUGGCUGCGCACCUUCGUUCGUAAUUGCGACUCUCCCCAAGUAUCAUAUCUACCCUUCAAGAAAGCAGAGUCGACCGCGU